AGCCAACAGAUCCGGUGGCCGCCUUUAAGACCAACUAACAAGGACACUCCCGUUACAGGUUCUCUUCUCCCAGACGAUGAAGGAGAUUUAGCCAAGGUCCUGGGUAGUAUUACCAAUGGUUUCUAUGCCAAACCGAAGAACUGCUGUCAUUCGAUAUGGAGAGUCUUGAGCAUAGCGCAGUUUUUGCCGAUAUUUGUGAGCAACGUGCUUAAAAACAUCGACCCAAAAGCAGCGGGGAAGAAGGCUGGGUAAUAAUGGAGUUUUUCACCUGCUGGCUCCAAGAAUGAACUUUGACUUGCUACGACGGACUAUUUGAUGGUACAACUACCAGCUUUGCAGUCACAAUAUAACAUCGACCUCCACCCGCACCAGUGCCUACGACCGCUCGCACAUGCCUGGCGCACUACUAGACGAGAGUAGCUCAGAGUACAAAGCCUUCAUGGAUGAGGUCUCGAAAAGCGAUAACUCCUAUAAUGCUGCGCUUCUUCUUGUAGAGAGGAUUUGACUACUGGUUCUCGAGGUCCAAUUUUCCCCUUCUGGUUCUCGAAAUCGUCUUCAACCACCAGGGAGAAUGGCGAGUGUACGAGCGGGAUGAGGGAGAUUAUGAAAAACGACUAGAUCAUCCCUUCUCCUGCUUACUGUAGAUAUUUUUUUCUCCCGGAGACAGUACCGAAUCGAACCGCAGCGCUUGGAAUUGAUAUCAGCCGAAGAAGAGCAAGAGAUGUUGAGCCUUGAGCGGCGUCGAAGUAGCCGCCCAUCCGUGGUUGGCCAAGCCUUACAACGUGUAAGACAGACCUAUGGGGAUGGGGGGUCUAUGACUUCGGGGUAGGUAGAAAAUGAGAACCACUCAUCAUGGAACCAGAAAUAGUAUUACAAACGAAAAUUGCGAUCACCUUCACCACUUAGUGAACUUUCUCAUUCUCUUAUGCGGAUAGAAACUAAAACAGGCAUUGAUGUGAUUCAGGGCAAAAUAGGCUUCUUUUUUUCGCAAAGAAUAUAUGUUCAACGUGAUCCCAACUUCGGCACCAGAGAGCUGCGAGCGUCGUCGCUGUGCGGCCUCUUCAUUGGGUGAUUUUUCUUUCAUCAACACAAUUUAAGGAUGCUAAUGCUCAUCACCAGCCACAGAGACACAACUGAACAAUAACCAC